GGGUGGUAACUUUUGCAGGAAAAGAAGAGAAAAAAAAUAGCAGAAGACUUUGGUGGCGAAGGUUUUAGUAUGUUUGGAGAAGAAAUGUAGAAAGAGAGAAUCUGGGUGCUGUGCGCGUUGAUUGUUGUUGUUGAAUUCAAAUUUGGCUUCUUUUCUUUUUUUCUCACCACACUUGUUAUAAAGACCAACCAAUUUCUCUCCUUCUUCUCAUCUACUUUCUUACUGCUUCGUUUUGCCUCUCAUUAACACAACAACAUAGUCAAUAGAAUCUCUGUUUUCUUCUUGCUUCCGACUUCAUUCAUUAAUGGCUCACCAUACCUCAUCAGAUCAUUCCAAUGAUCUCAGAAAAGAAGACUGCAAGGAAACAGGUUCACUGGUUGUUUGCUUUGGGGAAAUGUUAAUAGACUUUGUUCCGACUGUGGGAGGAGUAUCGCUGGCUGAAGCACCUGCUUUCAAGAAAGCUCCUGGUGGAGCUCCUGCCAAUGUAGCUGUUGGUAUCUCUAGAUUGGGAGGUUCAUCUGCUUUUAUUGGCAAGGUUGGAGCAGAUGAAUUUGGGUACAUGCUGGCAGAUAUUUUAAAGCAAAACAAUGUUGAGACUUCUGGCAUGCGGUUUGACUCUAAUGCAAGAACUGCAUUAGCUUUUGUUACACUUAGAGCAGAUGGUGAACGUGAAUUCUUGUUUUUUCGCAAUCCAAGUGCUGAUAUGCUCCUUCAAGAAUCAGAACUUGAUAAAAAUCUUCUAAAGCAGGCUAGAAUAUUCCAUUAUGGCUCCAUCAGCUUGAUUGAUGAGCCAUGCAAGUCAGCUCACCUUGCUGCUAUGAGAAUUGCCAAAAACUCUGGUUGCAUUCUCUCUUAUGAUCCAAAUUUGAGAUUGGCUCUAUGGCCUUCAGCAGAUGCUGCUCGGAAAAGCAUAAUGGAUAUAUGGGAUCAGGCUGAUGUCACAAAGAUAAGUGAGGAUGAAAUUACAUUUUUGACUGGAGGUGAUGAUCCUUAUGACGAUAAUGUUGUUUUGAAGAAACUUUUUCAUCCAAAUCUCAAGCUUUUAAUCGUUACUGAAGGGUCACAAGGUUGCAGAUAUUACACCAAAGCAUUUAAGGGUAGGAUUGCAGGUGUUAAAGUCAAACCUGUAGACACAACUGGUGCUGGAGAUGCAUUUGUUAGUGGGAUUUUAUACAGUAUAGCUUCUGAUCAAACUAUUUUUCAGGAUGAGAAACGUCUUAGAAAGGCUUUAUAUUUUGCCAAUAUAUGUGGUGCACUCACUGUGACUGGGAGAGGUGCAAUUCCUGCACUUCCUACAAAGGAAGCUAUCUUGCAAUUCUUACUAGAAGCAGCUGUAAUAUAACAAAAUUCACAUCUUUUUGUUAUAAUUUGUUGUUAAUCUACAGCAUAGGUGAUGCUGAGCUUCUUUUUUCCUUUUUCUGUUUAAAUCUCUUGACUCUGUAAUUCUCUUAUAUAAAUUCAAGAUGCCUUUUGCUCUGGUU